UCCUAGCAAAUCUCAUUCAAGGUCGAGCCAUUUUUUAUCUCCAUUGAUCCAGAGUUGACCCGGACUAGUGGGCUUUUUGACCACCCUCUGGCCUCUAGUGUGUCAUUUCUCCACCACUUCUAGAUGGCCAACACUCGAUAAAUCAAUAUAAUCAAUAGUCUAUUCACUAUUGUGAUUUGAGAUCAGUAAUUUCCGACGAGUGGGUAAAAGUUCUGCUUCUAAUAUUCUACGUGACUUUGUAUUGUGACGAAAAAUCCCAGGAAAAGCGAAGUUUCUGGGUAAAAAGCAACAAUCUUUGGUUUUAGAAAUUAACACAUCCCAGAUUAAUCAGUGAGGAAGGUAGAGAAGAAAACCUCAGAAGGAGAUCAAUCAAUCGCCCGAAGUGCAAGAUGAACGGCGGACCAUCUGGAUUCAAUAAUGCUCCUGUAACUAGAGCUGUUAUCAUUUUCUCUGCCCUCUUUACCGUUUUUUUUGGACUUCAAGGACGUUCUAAUAAGAUUGGAUUAUCAUAUCUGGAUAUUUUCCAAAAACCUCAACUUUGGAAGGUCAUUGUCUCAACCUUUGCAUUUACGUCUACGCCUGAGAUGAUGUUUGGAUUAUAUUUGCUGUAUUACUUCCGAGUGUUUGAAAGACAGAUUGGAUCCAAUAAGUAUUCUGUGUUUAUUCUAUUCUCACUGGCAGUUUCGUUCUUGCUAGGCAGUUUUACGUUAGCCCUUCUUAGAGAUCCCAAAGCCCUUAUCACGUCUGGACCAUAUGGACUGAUCUUUGCUUCGUUUGUACCUUUCUUUUUUGAUAUUCCCGUGUCAACUCGAUUCCGAGUGUUUGGUUCCCGCUUCUCUGAUAAGUCGUUCAUUUACCUGGCUGGUCUUCAGCUGCUUUUAUCCUCUUGGAAAAGAUCUAUUCUGCCGGGGAUUUGCGGUAUCAUAGCUGGUUCUUUAUACCGUAUGAACAUCUUUUACAUCCGCAGAGCAAAGUUGCCUGAUUUCAUUGCUUCACUGUUUUCACGGCUAUCUUGGCUGUCUACGAGUAGCCCAUCAUCGGCAAAUGGAAUUAGGAGUGUAUCAAGUUCUGCUCCUUCGUAUGCAGGACGACAAGUCGAGAGAAACUUCUCGGCUCCUCUUGUUGGACCUAUCGAACCAUCAGAAGAAUCCAUUGCAAUGUUAGUAUCGAUGGGAUUCAACCAAGACUCCGCCAGACAAGCACUUGUACAAGCUAGAAAUGAUGUAAAUGUAGCCACAAAUAUCCUCCUUGAAGCGCAGGCCCAUUAAAUUAGUGGAUUGGCUCGUUUUGGAUUCUUGUAGUGCAGUUCAUUCAUUUCUUUACCUCUAAAUACGGUAAUGAACUAAAAUAGUCGAGUUGUGAAGAAAUUAGGAAAGACGAGAAAACAAAGGUUGCUUGCAUCUGUGCGUAAUGGGUUCCGUUGUAACAAGCCUAGAAUUCUUCGGCCUAUAAUUUUUACCUCCUAUUUUUUCCUUGAAUGCGGAAAACUCGGUUAGAGCGGUGCAUAUAAGCCGACAAUUUUUACUUGUACCGCUUUAGGUGGUACUUUUUAUGUAAAUCUUUUCGUACUAGAAACGCAGGAAAGUAAUCACUAUAUUUCAUGCCUUUUUAUCUCGUUCUCUUGUAUCUGAAAUAAAGUUGUCAUGAGGUUUGGUAACUCGUACGAUUAUCCUAGUUAGAGUCAAAGUGAUAACAUAACUGCUUUCAUAUAACAAUUGAUCAGAUUGAUAGAAAUAUAAUUUUUGUUAGCGACA